GCUGUUUCUCGCCACUGACAUCUUUUCCUCUCAGAAAUGUCAAAAUGCGUCUUAAUUUCCAAAUUAAUUUUAGCUAAAGUAGAGUUGAACAAAAGUAUUCAUUGUUGGUGCAAUUCCCCGUAAAGUAUCAUCGAAUUAUUUAUUAAGGAACAAAAACAGAGAUAACACUUGAAUUUGAAAAUUAGCAGGCAACCUUGAAAUCCAGAAAAAAUUAAAUCUGCAAGGCAAUUCUCUCUUUGUUGCCAAAUCCACGGGUAGGAAUUAAUAUUCAUUUCCUCAUUUCCAGUACAGGUGAAAUUGAUUUUUUAAGGUAACAAUGGAAGAAAUAUCGGAUGUGGAAAUGACACCUGCACCUCCUACGGUCGAUACAAAGGAAGUGGUGACCAAAUGGAACGAAAAGUUUGCAAAAGGCGUGCUGUCCGGUUCGCACUUGAAAGAUCAUUGGUGCACAUGGGUGCCGAGGAUGUACAGCCCGUCGAUUAACGAGAGCUGCUUAAAUUGGAAUUUCAACGAGGACGAAGCGUAUAAUAUCUUGUUUAACACUGUUGAGGUGUUCAUUUUUAACGGCGAUCCCAACGAAGUUCUCGCGCAGUUGAGCAAGUAUGAUAAGCCGCCUACAGUGUGCGGGCGGGUGUUCAAAAUGGGAGAGCCGACGUACAGUUGUCGCGAAUGUGGGAUGGAUAAUACGUGCGUCUUGUGUGUUAAUUGUUUUAAAAAGUCUGAGCACCGUUUUCACAAAUACAAGAUGGGCAAUUCGGGAGGGGGCGGCUGCUGCGAUUGCGGUGAUAAGGAGGCAUGGAAGAAGGCACCGUUUUGUGAUAUUCAUAUUGUCGGAACGCAGGAGGAGACGGAAGUUAGUGGAAAUCUGCCGGAAGAUAUAGCCGAUCGUGCACGCAUUGUUUUCGACGCGAUUUUGUGGUAUGCCUACAAUUUGCUGUGUUUGGAACAUACUGCCGAUUUACGUUUGGGAAGCAACGAUGACAAUUCGUUUGAUAUAGACACAUAUUGCACUGUUUUGUACAAUGACGAGAUACACACGUUUGAGCAGGUCAUAAACACUUUAAAUCGCGUAAUUAAAUGUAGCCAGAAGAAUGCCAUCGAGUAUGUUACAAACAUUGACAGAGAAGGACGUGCUGUCGUGAAGUGCUCCACCUUUCAGCAUUGUAAUGAACUAAAAAUUGAGAUUGAGAAGCAUACGUCGCGGCACGGAAACAAAGCUUUAAAGGUUUUAGUCGUGCCCGCUCAUGUGGUCGCCCAUCAAUUAUUCUCCAUGAAACUGUUAUCGUGGCUACAACAAUUUCUGGGCCAUAGCGAAGGUUUCCGGAAAAUAUUCGCAGAGGUCGCUUUAAAAUCUCAGCAGUCGACGGGUACGGAUCAGUCGGUGAUUAAGGGAAUACUGCAGCACGACUCCCAUCUGUGGAAAAGCGCGAGAACGCAUUGGCACCGAUUGUUUAUAUCCGGAAUGCUGCGAGAGUACGAAAACAAGAAGGCCCUUGCCAAAGUUUUUACAAAAAAUUAUGGCAGCGUCAUGAAGGAUUUUAUUAAAGAUGAUCACGACCACUCCUUUUCUGUUUCUUCACUUGCCGUACAGUUAUUUACAGUACCGACAUUGGCUCAUCACCUAAUUGAGGAAGAGGAUGUCUUAUUUCUCUUGUUGAACACGUUCCUUUCUGAGUGUUCCAGGAAAUGUAAUAAAUUGGGAAAAUUGGAAUUUGAACGUAAUGUUUCCAGUCAAGCUUUUAAGCGUGCCCAGUAUAUACUGUACGACUUGAGGUACUUAUUAAGCGCAAUACCCGAGAAAUGGACAGAUGCUCUGCGAAGGAACUUUCUCCAAGGCCUAUCUGUUAUGCUUCAAUUGCUAACUAUCAUGCAAGGUAUGGACAGUGUUGUACGUCAAGUGGGUCAACAUAUGGAGUACGAACCAGAAUGGGAAUCUGCCUUUAAUUUGCACAUCAAGUUGGCUUAUUGCAUUUCUCUCGCAAUUAAAUGGUGUAGUACUGAUAAAGUCGUGUUGGUGAAAGCUUAUCGGCUUUGCUUAAAGAAGUUGUACGAAAAUCCUUGCUAUGAUCCAAACGAGGCCGGAAAAGUACGCGAACUUGUAGACCACAGUGUCACUUGUCUCUCAUACGAUGUCUCUACGAAAGCCGUUUCAAUUCAUCUUUCGCUAUCGCGAUUUUUGGCUGGUUUACAUCUUCAUUUAGAAAAUUACGGGUUAAAUUUUGAUAGCGCCGAAUUUCAAAUACCAAAACCGACACCUGUACAGAUAAUUGAACCGGUCCUACGCACACAAGUAAUGAUCGCGCAGGUACAUGCUGGAAUGUGGCGAAGGAAUGGAUAUGCGUUACUUAACCAACUGUAUUUCUAUCACAAUGUUAAAUGUCGAACGGAGAUGCUUGAUCGGGACAUUCAGUUACUUCAGAUCGGAGCAUCUCUGAUCGAAAGUAACGAAUUUCUCAUACAUCUCCUCAACAAAUUUAACUUAAUCAAUUGGGCAAACCCCAACUUUGAAAUACGAAGCCUGAAAAGUCCAGAGGAGGAUAGCAUUCGCCAGAUUAUAAAUAUUGUCGAGGAAUUCUUGCAGUUGGUAAUCAGCAUUGUAGGCGAACGGCAUAUUCCCGGAAUUAGCGAUCUUACAACUCAAGAUCGCGUUAAAAAGGAGAUUAUUCAGCAUUUGUGCAUAAAACCAUUGCCACAUUCGGAAUUGAACAAGACUAUUCCGGAUGAUCUUACUCACGAAACAGGCCUAGAUGAUGUGAUCGAGGAACUGGCUGUGUUUAAAAAGCCGACGCAAGGAAGCGGUCGCGGAGUAUAUGAAUUGAAAAAUCAAUAUUUUGACGAAUAUAACGUAUUUUUCUAUCAUUAUACUCGGGAGGACUUGUCCAAAUCCGAAGAAACGCAGAGAAAAAGGCGCAAAACAGACGGGGAACUGGACUGCUGUCCUCCAUCUAAUUUACCCAAAUUGAAAGAGUCAUUUAAUAUGAUUGUCAAUUUGUUGCAGUGCGAUGUAAUGUUACACAUUAUGCAAACUGUACUGGAGCGCUGUCUCAAUUUGAAGGCAAGGAGUUUCUCGGAACCCCAGUUGCAUAAAGUGUUGCACCUAAUUGGUUACGCCCUCCAGGAGGAACAAUCGCGCAACUAUCCCUUUUUAUUGUUCGCCGAAAAAGCGGCAAAAUGGGAUUUACCCAAAUUCCUUGAAGCCCUUAUAUCGAGUCCGCGUAUAGACGCGCAUAAAGAUCUGUUGCGCUGGACUCUGCAGAAAUACAAGCAAGUGGCGGCUAUGUCGGCGCAGGGCGAUGCUCCGUCAACGAGCACGAUGGAGACAUCGGCGGAUUCGUCCGUCAUACCGGACGAGGACGAAAAGCAACGAAAGGCGAAAUUGGCCGCCCAAAGGAGAGCUAAGAUCAUGGCGCAAAUGGCCGCGAUGCAAAAUCAGUUCAUGAAAGAAAACGCUAAGUUAUUUGAAGAGACGCAAUCUGAAAUACCGAAUAAUGAAAUAAACGAAUUCGCCAUGGAAACUACAGAAGUUGUACCUGAUAAUCCUGUCUGCUUAGGUCCCAAACAAACUGCGCGUACAAAUAUCGAAAAAACUUACACGUGCAUUUUAUGUCAAGAAACGCAAAAGUCUACAGUAGAGGGUCCAGCAUUAGUAUUGGCGGGUUUUGUUCAACAGGCUACAGUACUGUGUACAAACAGAACCGAUGGCGAAGUCCAACAAUUCUCGGACGACCCUCUCUUUUUAAAUUCAAAUUGCGGUCCUGCGCCCUACACCAGCACUUGUGGCCAUGUAAUGCAUGCGGAAUGUUGGCAAAAGUACUUUGACAAUGUGAUGGUGAAAGAGCACCGUCGUCCAUAUCGUUUAAGACACCCCGCCAGUUUUGACAUAGAUAAGCGAGAGUUCUUGUGCCCUCUAUGCGAAUGUCUUAGUAACACAGUUCUGCCACUAAUUCCUGGUUUAUCGUCAAUUCAACAGAGUCACGCUAAGAAUGAAAUUACGUAUGCCGAUUGGCUGACUUGCAUUGUUGCAACAGUAAAUAGCAAGGUGAAAGCAUGUCAUGGUGCAGAUAUGUGCACCAAUCUUUAUUGCAGCACAUGCGAAUCUGUGGCUAAAGGAAUCUUAAAUUCUGAAAAUUCGCCCCAGAAUAAUUGUGAAGCAGAUUGUAAGGACCCCAAACAAUGUAUCUACUUUUCCGCGCCGAUCAAAGACAUUCAAAUGGGUACGAACGGUAAAGAUUUUGUGGCGCUAUUUCCACAAGAGCAUCCGACGAUAAGUCCUCAUUUAGUAGAAAUGAUACACCUGUUCAUUCAGGCGCCGUACACGAGAGGUCUUGCAGUUGAGCCGCAUCCUUCAGAACGAAGGUUACCGUCCAUGACAUGGAAAUCGCUAGCAUACACCUUGCAUACCAUUGAGGUGCUUUUGCGAGAUUCCAACAAACCUUUAUUGGGCCACCUUUCUAGUCGUCAUCGAGAUUGUUUAGAGAGUUUAAUUAGGAUUACAGGCAUUCUGGGAAGCACAUGGCAGCAUGUUACUGUUAUAAGCAGCCACGCAUUACGUUUACUGUCGAUGCUGGUAGAUCAUCAACAUGAUGACUAUUCCAUAUUACAAUGGGAUUCACUAGGAUUAUUAGUAGCAUUAACAUUCUCUUUGCCCAGUUUGUUUGGCACGUCUCAACCAACGCCCGUUCCAACAGGUGGUUCACUCGAUUUGCAUACUCUGCAAUUAGUGUUUACUGCACACAUUGUUAAAAUAUUGAUUGUAACAGAUAAAUUUCAAGAAAUAGCAAAAAUGGACACAGACAGCCAGGAAAUUCAUCUUGAAGACGGCUUAGAAAUAAGAAAUAUUUUGAUAAUGUUGGGCAAGUAUCACGAAAAUGCUGAAGCCGUGUGGGAUUACGUGAAAAACGCCAGCUUACCAUUUUUGCGGUGUUGUGUCUUAUUCUACCACAUACUCACUGACGUACAGCCAUUAUUCGAACUAACUGAAAUUGGGGGAGAUACAUUCGAAAAUAUGUGUGCUUAUCUUGGCUUACUGACGACACCUGAACAGCUGUUCGGUUCAAAAGUCAUUGCCCCUCUCGUAUAUAAGUGGUGCAAUCAUGACGAAGUAAGAAGUUAUCUUUCUGGUAACCCACUACCUUUUAGCAGUAUAGAAGAGCCCCAAACAAUAAACCAGUUGAUCGACCUACCUAAUGAUUACAGUGAACUAAUCAACACAGUUUCUUCAUUUACAUGCCCAAAUAGUAAUCAUGAAGAUUCGAGGAAUCCGACCAUGUGUCUCAUUUGUGGGGAGAUUCUAUGCUCUCAAAGUUACUGUUGCCAAACUGAAUUAAAUAAAACAAUCGUAGGCGCUUGCAAUUAUCACGCCUAUAAAUGUGGAGCGGGAAUUGGAGUAUUCCUUCGCGUUCGCGAAUGUGAAAUAUUGUUUUUGGCCAGCCCUAUGCGAGGAUGCUUUGUGUCUCCGCCUUACUUGGACGAAUAUGGCGAGACAGAUCAAGGUUUAAGACGAGGAAACCCCUUACAAUUAUGCAAGGAGAGGUAUAAGAAACUACACACUCUCUGGUUAAGUCAUAGUAUUCACGAAGAAAUUGCGAGGGCUAUUGAAUCUAGUACCAACGUCGUAGCUACUCAAUGGCAACAUUUGUAAAUAAUAAUUACGUUCGUUCUGUAAUUAGAAAACUUACACGUAAACACCUUUUUGUUUUCCAAAUUAGUCCACUCCAAAUUGACCGUGUUGUCGGAGGCAAUUCAACUUAUAUAAAUUCGACUGAUACAUUUGAAAUUAUUACACGCCUGGUUUUUGUAGCAAUGUAAAUCUAUGAAAAUACAUACGUUGAAAUACUCAUAUCACCUAAAUCAAGUGAGUUAUA